AUGACCGUUGCCAUGGGCAUCGACACAUCCACCGCACCACCGAAACGACCUUCCUUGGUUGAUUUCCAAAGGAACACCAGGAACAAGCGCUGGCCCCCUAUGGCAAACCGCAAUGCACUCCCAUACAAGCUCACAGUCAUCUCCAAGGAGAAAUUGGCCCGUGAAGCCACCGCUCCCGACCCAGACCUCCGCCGGUGCGUGGCACACUUCCGCCUACACUGCGGUUCCGUCCUCUGGACCGAGAACGACAUGAAGUCCCGCAUCAGUUCCUUUGAAUUCGAGGAAUCCGAGUCCGAAUCCGAAGAUGACUCCGAGCACAAGAGAAUGAACGAGCUCAAGCUCCGACAAAAAUCACUACAAAAGUCGCAAAAGUCUUCACAAAAUACGAUCGUCACUGUGCAAAUUAGCCCCGAAGAAAAGAAGCCUCUCGUCACUUCAUCUGCGAUUCUUCCGGAGAGCAACUACAUGGACCGCAACCUAUGUGCUGUUGCCGUUGCCCCCCAACCCAUUGCCGCUUAA